AUGGCAACAGAAAAAGACAGAAGACAGUCAAGAACAAAGGAGACCAAGAGCAUCCUCUGCAGCCACUAUGAGGAGAAGGUGCGCCCCUGUAUCGACCUCAUCGAUUCCCUGCGGGCCCUGGGCGUGGAGAAGGACCUGGCCCUGCCUGCCAUCGCUGUCAUUGGGGACCAGAGCUCUGGCAAGAGCUCAGUGCUGGAGGCUCUGUCUGGGGUCGCCCUACCCAGGGGCAGUGGUAUUGUCACUAGGUGUCCACUGGUGUUGAAACUGAAAAGACAGCCUCCUGAGUAUGGAUGGAAAGGAAAAAUCAGUUAUAGGAACAUGGAACACCAACUGGACCAUCCCAAUCUGGUGGAGAAAGUUAUAUGGGACGUCCAGAAUAUUAUCGCUGGGCAGGGUGUGGGCAUUAGCCAUGAACUCAUCAGCCUGGAGAUCAACUCCCCGGAUGUUCCAGACCUGACCCUCAUUGAUCUUCCCGGCAUCACCAGGGUGGCUGUGGGGAAUCAGCCCCUAGACAUUGGAAUACAGAUCAAGUCGCUCAUCAAAAAGUACAUCGAAAGACAGCAGACGAUCAACUUGGUGGUGGUACCCUGUAAUGUGGACAUCGCGACUACAGAGGCACUCAGCAUGGCUAGGGAAGUAGACCCUGAUGGAGACAGAACCAUAGGCAUCCUAACCAAACCAGAUCUAGUGGACAAGGGUGCUGAGCAAAACAUCCUGAAUGUGGUGUACAAUCUCACCUACCACCUCAAGAAAGGCUACUUGAUUGUGAGGUGCCGGGGCCAAAAAGAGAUCACUGACAAACUGAGCUUGGCAGAGGCGACCAAGAGAGAAAUUAGCUUCUUUCAAGCACAUCCGAAUUUCAGAGUUCUCCUGGAGGAAGGAAAGGCCACGGUGCCUCGUGUGGCUGAAAAACUGACUGCUGAGCUCAUCAUGCACAUCAAAAAAUCUCUCCCGGUAUUAGAGUGUCAAAUCAAAGAGAGCCACCAGAGGGCAAUAGAGGAGCUGCGUCAAUGUGGCGGUGAUGUCCCAGACCAUGAAGUAGAUAAAAUGUUCUUUCUGAUUGAGAAAAUUAAGACGUUCAAUCAACACAUUGAAAAACUAGUGGAAGGAGAAGAAGUUGUAAAGGACAAGGAGACACGGUUAUUUAAUAAAAUCAGAAAGGAAUUUAAAAACUGGGAACUCAUACUUGCAGCCAAUACACAAAAAGUUAAAAGUGUAAUCCAAGAAGAAGUCACAAAAUAUGACAAUCAGUUCCGAGGCAAAGAACUUCCCGAAUUUGUCAACUAUAAGACGUUUGAGACCAUCGUGCGGCAGUACAUCCAACAACUGGUAGACCCAGCCUUAGACAUUCUCCAGAAAAUCAUUGAUAUUAUCCAUCAGGCUUUCACUGAUACAGCCAAAAAUCAUUUUGCUGAAUUUUCCAACCUGAAUCAAACAGCCCAGAGCUUGAUUGAAGACAUAAAAGCAAAACAAGCAGAAACAGCAGAAAAUCUAAUCAAGCUUCAGUUCAGAAUGGAGCAGAUGGUUUUUUGCCAAGAUCAGAUUUACAGUGGGAUCCUAAAGAAAGUCAGAGAAGAGAUGUCUAACUCAAUGGCAAAGCAGCUACAGUUUUUUCAGGUGAAAAAUUCAAAAAGUGUUGAUUGCCCAACGUCUUCAACUUCCUCCAUCAAUGAAAUGGGUGUGCACCUGAAUGCGUAUUUCAUGGGAACCAGUGUCCGGCUUGCCAACCAGAUCCCAAUCAUAAUUCAGUACUUCCUUCUCCAAGAGAAUGGUGAUUGCCUGCAAACGUCCAUGAUGCAGGUUUUACAGGGAAAAGACCACUACAUCUGGCUAUUACAAGAGCAAGCCGAGACGGCCACCAAGAGGCUGUUCCUCAAGGAGAGGAUUUACCGGCUCACACAGGCAAGGCGUAAGCUCAGUGGAUUCUGCAUUUAA